GCUUGUUCUCUCCAGACUGUGCUUUCUCUCCAGUUGCUUCGCACUGAUAAGUUUUAGCAGAGUUGGUGCUUCCACCGUAUCUGCAUAUAUUCUGUUCAUGGCACGAUAUUGAGGAUGGCUGGCCCCAGCUCUAUCUGCAUCUCCCAGAUUACUGAGUCUGAUAUUCCGGGAGCCAUCACCGCCAUACAACAAGCAUUUGCGGACGACCCUUACAACCUAUGGUUAUACAAGGAUCGAUCAAAACUUGACUUGACCCGCAAUAGUAUAUCUUUGGGAAUCCGAUGUCGCUGGGGAAUGCGGAAUGCUCUCUUCUAUGUAGCCAAAGACUCGAGUGCUGAAGAGAAGGACAAAGUCCUAGGUGUCGCAAUGUGGAUGCCCCCAAAACCUACUGGGACGAAAGAAUCCUGGGAUGAGUGGUUGGAAGGAUGGAAGUUGUGGGCAAAGCAAGUAGGAAUGAACCUUUGGUAUGGUAGGGGUGGUCUCAAUGUCAAGCGAUAUUGGAUCUGGAAGCAGAAACAAGCAGAGGCCCAGUCAGAAAUCUGGACGGAUCCCCACGGUUACUACUUCCUCAACAUUAUGGUGGUCUUGCCAGGGGAGCAGGGCAAAGGAAUUGGGAAGGCAUUGGCACGAGAAGUCACCAAGAGAGCUGACGAGGAAGGAAAACGGUGCUACUUGGAAUCAAGUCGGGAUGUGCCCAACAUGAAGAUAUAUGAGACAAUGGGGUUUCAUUUUGUGAAACAGAUGGACUGUGACGAUGAUGGAGAUAUAUGCAGGUUGUACUGCAUGGUAAGAGAGCCUCAGGGGGAGCGUCAGGGGGAGCGUCAGGGGGAGCCGAGAGAAGGUACCAGAGCUUGAAGCUUGGUUCAGGUGACGGGUAUGACGUUUGGUGCACAGGCGAAUGGGUAUUUUCUAGAUUCAAAUAUCCUUCCUGUAGAACUACUUGUCGUAACUGUGGUAACAGUAUCUCGCAAUACGAUUCGAGAGCUUCAAGAACAGAAGCCGAUAAUACCCCG